AUGCCGAGAGAGUGUAGCAACAGGUUCUGCCACUUUCGUUGCGUCAAGGAGAAGGAGUGUGGCCUUCUUGGAACUGUGGAAAACGCGACGAUUCCGGAUGACAAGCUGAUGGUUUGUCGCCACUGCAGAGUUGAGGGCUGCGCUCAUUGCGUGCCGGCAAAACCGGGGCAGAGCGGUGAGAAGCUUGAGCACUGCCAGCAAUGCAUGCCUGGAUAUUCCUUACGCUCGGACGGGGAAUGCGAGAUGAAUGGACUGGCGUUCUUCAUUGUUUCUGCUGUGGUGCUGGUGAUUGCAACCAUCCUCGUCGUGAUAUGGUACUGCCUGAUCGCCUCGAAGCCUUGUGUCAACCCUGAAGGCGUGCAGCAUGGCCUGGACUGCAGGGAACGGAUGCGGCUCACGCAGCCGGGGACAGCAGAGCCGUACCCCCUCACGACAAACAUGCUUCGUGUCAACGUCGCUGGGCCGGGGACUAUGGCUCUGUUCCGGUACCAGUUCGCGCUCCUGGUUUGGGCAGGGACCUUGCUUCUGGUUUGGUUGGGCUUCGCACUCUUCGUCAGUUCGGAUCUUCUUAUUCUUGGCAGCAAAGCAGCCGAAAGCCCACAGAUGCUGUGCGCCGUCGUGUCGUGGGGCCACCAUCGCCAGAUGGAGCUGGUUUGGACAAAGGUGUACUGGCUGGCCUUCGCGUACCUUUUUUCCUUUGGCGGUGCUUUGUUUUAUGGCAUCCAGCAGACAAAGCUCUUCAAGAGUGUCCACUUGGAGCAUGCCACGAUGGAAAGCUUCGCAGCCAAGCUUGAAGGCUUUGCACCUAUGAGCGGUGGGGAGAAUGCCGAGGCAUGCUCAGAUGUUCAUAUUGCGUGCUGCAUCUUACUGAUGUGA